CUCUCUCUCCUUUCAAUAUGACAACAAAACCAUUCAUGAGAAUUUCUCUUGUUCGUGUUCUUCUUCUUCUUUCUCUUGCUUUCGCAGCAGAAUAUGGGAUUAUACUUGAAAGAGUUUCAUCCCUUGGCAUCAACUACGGCCAAGUUGGGAAUAAUUUGCCUCCGCCGGAAAAAGUGAUCGACCUCUUGACCUCUCUAAGGAUCACAAAGACGAGAAUCUACGACACCAAUCCUCAGAUUCUGAAAGCAUUUGCCAAUUCGAAGAUAGAGAUCGUCGUCACGAUCGAGAAUCAGAUCCUGCCAUUGCUAACAGAUCCUCAACAGGCUCUCCGAUGGGUCAGCUCUCGUAUCAAACCUUAUUUCCCGGCCACCAAGAUCACGGGGAUCAUGGUGGGCAAUGAGCUGUUCACGGAUCAAGACUCGAGCUUGAUUGGGUACUUGGUACCAGCAAUGAUCAACAUCCACCGUGCCCUAGUUCAAUUGUCCCUAGACAAGUACAUUCAAGUCUCGACACCGAGUUCACUCGCCGUCCUGGCCGAGUCAUACCCUCCAUCCUCCGGAAGUUUCCGACCGGAGGUAGCCGCCGUCAUGCAACAGCUCUUACGUUUCUUGGACAGCACGAAAUCCCCGUUUUGGAUCAACGCUUAUCCUUACUUCGCCUACAAAGACAACCCCACCAAAAUCCCCGUAGACUACGUUCUCUUCAACCGUAACCCGGGCAUGACCGAUCCAAACACGAGACUACACUAUGACAACAUGCUGUACGCGCAAGUUGACGCCGUCAACUUCGCCGUCAUGAAAAUGGGUUACCGUAACGUAGAGGUUAGGGUUUCGGAGACGGGGUGGCCGUCGAAGGGUGACGUGGAAGAGACAGGAGCGUGGCCUACAAACGCCGCCGUGUACAACCGGAACUUGAUGAUGAGACAAUUUGGCGGAGAAGGGACGCCGUUGAGGCAUAACACGAGGCUCGAGGUCUAUAUAUUCGCGUUGUUCAACGAGGACAUGAAACCGGGUCCCACAUCGGAGCGGAAUUACGGGUUAUUUCGACCCGACGGGUCUAUGUCAUAUAACUUGGGCUUCUCUUCCAUGUCUACCAUUGCGGCUUCGGAAUCUUUCUCUCUUCCCUCUUCUUCUGCCUCAAAGGCAAUGAAGAAGGAAAAGAAAAGCUUGGAGUGUUGCACAAUUUUGAUCUUGGCCAUGAUCAUCAUUCAAGUCGUCCUCCCAAGAAGAUCUUAAAAGGGAAACGCGAAGAAUUAUUUGCAUUUUUAGUUAGGAUAUUAAUAAUCUUAAUGAUUAGAUAAUGUAAAUUUCUAGUAACCCAUCUCAUAUUAUAUAUCAUAAUUUAUUUAUUCCGAGCACUCAUGUUUUCUUCUGAACCACCUUUCGUGAUUUCCAACAAAACUCAAAAGAUUUAUUCAUAAAAACGAGUUCAAUAUCAAAUUUAAGAGAGAAAGAACAUGAUGAACACAAGAACAGAAAAGAAAAAGAGGGAGAGCAGUCGUCACGGCGAGAGAAUGUUGCUGUGGCUGGGGGG